CGAAAUUGUAAGCGACCCAACCAUGCCUGAGCUAAAAAGCAUCGACCAGAUUAAAACUCCACCAUUCGACCCGAGGUUUCCGAAUCAAAACCAGACAAGGAACUGCUAUCAGAACUUUGUGGAUUAUCAUCGCUGCGUCAAAGUCCGCGGUGAGGAAUUCGGGGCAUGCAAGGAAUUGAAGCAACGAUUCACAAGCUUAUGCCCCUGCGACUGGGUUGAGAAAUGGACCGAACAAAUAGACGAGGGUAAAUUCCCUGGGCAGAUAUAAAGAAAGUCAACGAAUGUGAACAUCAAUACUGAAGUAUACAUUUUGAAAAGUGGGUGAAGGACUCAGCUUAAUGAUGUUACAUCGUGAGGGUUUUCACCCUCAAGAAACUAGUAAAAAGUACGCGAGGUCGACUAUUCGGAUCUCCGAAAACUACCGUUGUAAACUGAAACUUCUCAAUAUAUCAUGAAUAAGUUAUAACACCUUAA